AUGCAUAUCCCAUUCUGGACAGCAUUAGUGGGUGGGCUCUUUUCGGUAGGGAGAGCUGCCCCAAAUACAGGUGGUUUAUCAUGUACCGUCACAGCGAGCAGCGGAGACGAUGGACCGGCAUUCGUGGAUGCUGUUCAACGUUGUGACUCAGUGACAAUUCCUCGUGAAACCACUCUUUCGAUAGCAACAAGGAUGGAUAUGACUGGAUUGAAGGAUAAGAACAUUAAUCUGUUGGGAACCGUGAAAUUCACAAGCAAUAUGUCAUAUUGGAUUAACAACGGUUUUCCAUUUGAGUUCCAGGACCAAAUUGCCUUUUGGAUUGUAGGUGGAAAAAACAUCCAUAUCAAUGGUGGUGGAACAAUAGAUGGUUCGGGUCAGGUCUGGUACGACGCAUUUGCCACUAACAGCACUCUCUUGCGCCCGAUCCUGCUCACGGUUUACCAAGCUACUGAUAUUUCCAUUAAAAAUAUUACGAUGAUCAACAGCCCUGAGUGGUUCAAUUUUGUCAAUGAAGGGCAAAAUGUCAUCUACGAUGGCAUCAACAUUACUGCUCUUUCCACAUCAAACAACCUUGCGAAGAAUACUGAUGGCUGGGAUAUAUAUCGCAGUGAUAGCGUUUCCAUCAUGAAUUCGAACAUCAACAACGGCGAUGAUUGUGUCUCAUUAAAACCAAAUUCAACAAAUAUUAUUGCAUCAGACUUAAUCUGCAACGGUUCCCAUGGUAUUUCCGUGGGCUCCCUCGGGCAGUAUUCCGGGGUAUAUGACAUCAUUGAAAACUUCACUUCAACCAAUGUCCAAAUGUAUAAUGCCCAAAAUGGUGCGCGCAUUAAAGCCUUCGCCGGUGCGGGGGUUGGCAGUGGCAUUGUGAAGAAUAUUAGUUUUAGCUUCUUCACCGAGGGCAACGUCGACAACCCAUUGAUCGUUAAUCAGUGUUACAUGACUGACACAACAGAAUGUGCUGCACACCCUUCCAACGUAUAUAUUCAGGACGUUACAUUUUCCAAUUUCAAGGGCACUUCGUCUGGAAAAAUGCAAUCCGUGGUUGCUUCACUGGCAUGCUCUCCGGACGCCCGCUGCAACAAUAUUAGUGUUAAUGAUAUUUUCCUUGAACCACCUCCACAAGAUGGCCAUGCGACCUACUCUUGCCAGAACGUGAAUGUCACUGGAAACACCGCUCAUUUGUUUGGUAACUGUGUAACUACCUAA